AUGGGAGACAUGCUGCCCAUGGUAGGAAAAAGGAGUAGUAGACUGAUGCUGUGGAAGCAGUUGUACCACAAAUUAACUAGAAAAGAGUACUGUUCCAGAAACUUGUUUUUCUCUAAGUGUCCUGCUCUCCUUCCAGAGUCCAGUUUAGAGUUAGAUUUCCCGUGUUUCCCCCAUUCCCAACAAAUCUUUUACAGACCCCACCCAAGUUCUUCUCUCCUUAUCCUUCCUCCACCUUCUGCCGCACAUACCACUUCUGACCUCAUAAUCCCUCAACUGCAGCCUCAGGCCCCACCCCUAGGGAUGCUGGUUAUCCACAACUGCCAAAAGCUCUCUCCUGUCUGCCUAGUCUGGGCCUCCUCGGCUUAUGUAAUCCAUCUGCUUCUACACCAUGGGCCUGCUUGGCCCCUCCAGGCCUCUAGAACACCCUCUCCCUGUAUGACUCAUCAGGGGCUCUCUCUGAAGAGUGAGAAGAUCUUCAGAGCAUGUUCAUCUUCAUCAAACAUGGAGAUAAUCAGCAGUUUCUGGUCAACACCAAUUGCUCUGUCCUCCUGUUGUUGCAUUACAUCCGAAAUAAAAUGAAAUUGUCUAAAAAAGAUACCAUCGAUCUGUGUGAUGAAGAGGGGACAAUGAAGUUCUUCUUCCUGUUGAAGACCCCUGGAGACUAUGCCAGCAAAUUCCUUACAGUUCGAAACACCUACUAUGUUUGUAGGGUGGUGCGUGGGCCACCAGGAACCCGACUUGGGAAUGCCUACAAAGCUUUUGUGCCCCUCCUGAAGAAUCCAGAACCUGAGCUAAUUGGGGCCUUGCGCACACAAUGUGAUGAGCUGGAGAGGAGCCGAAUAAAAAUGCUUAAAAGCCAAGAAGCCAAGAAAGUCGUUAUAAUUGAACCCUCUGCGAAAGCCUCAUCCAAAUCAUCAAGACGAUCACAUAACCAGAAGUCCACUCGCAAGGGUCAGUUCUCUAAGACCAGAGCAGACGUUCUCAGUAGGAAGACUAAACGUCGCUAACCAAAUAAACAGACCAAGUGAGAGCA